AUGGCGCUGGGGUGGUUGCUGUGGGGCGCGGCGGUGCUGCUGCUGCUCCACGUCCUGAUGGAGCUCAGCCCCGCCGUCAACUUCGUGCUGCGCAUCGGCUUCUACUACCUGCUGUGCAUCGUCAGCUCGGCGCUGACGGCGCCCGUCUGCCUCCUCGUCAACGGCGGCCGCACCGUCAAGAACAUGAGAAUCAUCAAAACUGUGGUCAAGACCUUCAAGUAUUUCUUCGGCCUGAGGUUUGAGGUGAAGGGACUGGAGAACUUCAAGGUGGAAGGCCCUGCUAUCAUUGUGUCCAACCACCAGAGCACCCUCGACAUGAUGGGGCUGAUGGAGGUCCUGCCCGACGACUGUGUCCAGGUGGGCAAGAAGGAGCUGAUGUACGCCGGCACUGUGGGGCUCAUCAUCUACCUUGGUGGUGUCAUCUUCAUCAACAGGAAGAGCACCAGCAGCGCCAAGAUGGUGAUGGCGGAGGUGGCCAAGACUAUGGCAACUGACAAUGUGAAAGUGUGGGUGUACCCAGAGGGCACAAGGAACUGCACUGGGGAUUUGCUGCCAUUCAAGAAAGGAGCAUUUCACCUCGCUGUCCAGGCACAGGUCCCAGUGAUCCCUGUGGUGUAUUCCUCCUUCACCACCUUCUAUAACCCAAAGAAGAAUCUAUUUACAUCAGGCAAAAUCAAGGUUGAGAUUCUGCCUCCAAUAGAGACCAAAGGCCUCACAUCAGACGAUGUCUCUGACCUCACUGACAGAUGCUUCCGCACCAUGAGGGAGACCCUCUUCAGGCUGUCAGGCCGUCCAAGUCCAAAUGAGGUGAAGGACUCGUCCUAGAUGCUUCUCCAGUGGCGUCACCGUGUGGUGGUGGCUGAACGGACCUGUCUGUUGCCAAACACCGAAGGAACUUCUCUUCCUCUGCAGUGACACUCUGGGAACACUACGGACUGGCACCCACAGGGUGUCGAGCCAGCACUGAGGUUCCCUGUUGAGUGGAUUUCUCUUAUGGGUUCAUUAUCUUGCAAUGAAACUUCUCCUUUUUCUGAAUUUCUCAGGCAUCAAACUUGUGCAACCAAAGGGCUCAAUGAUCAGAGAGGUGAGUUCCCCCAGCUCAGGCAGUUGGUGUGGGGUGACAACAAAAACCUGGCUGGAGGCCGGGCUCUGCCUCACGUGAGUGUCCCCGCACCCAUGUUCCUGCAGGCUCAGCUAGUGCUGGCCUGGCCCUGUGCUGUCCCAGAUGGAAACCACCAGGCAGCAGUUUGUAUCUGCACAACCUUGACAUGCUGCUCAAGGAGGGCUGAGAAUAGGGUGAAAAUCCAGACUCUGGCCCUUUGGCAGCACUGGGAGUAUGGUGUCCUCCCUGGGCAGCCCGGAGCACUGCCAUCCAGCAUGGUGGAGCUCACGGGCUGUCUCUGAGGCAGGGCCUGACUCCUGGAGAGAUGCCCUUGGGUCACAGCAGCAUCUUGUGCUGGGGCUUUGUGUUGCCCACGCACUCCUGAGCCAAGUCUUUCACUUUUGAAGAAAGUACCUAGGGCCAAUAACCUCAGCUAGGCUGCAGAGGGGAAUGUGUGGGGCCAGUCAGCCUUAUAGUGUCUCUUUGGGCUUGAUUGCCUUGUCUGAAAAAGUGCCCUUGCUCAUUGAGGGGUGCAGCAGUGGAGAGGGAAGCUGCAGUCUGACCAAGCCAGCGUAUAUGGUCUGGGCAGAGUUUAGCUGAAUGCUGUCCAGCCUCGCCAGCCUAGUCAUCUGAAUGCACCCCUAUGCUUGCUCCUACUAUUUAGAGCCACCAGCUUGAUUUCAAAAACUGCACAGAUCUGUCAGAGUCCUGGGCAAGCCUGUCCUCAUGUGUGACUUGUUUGUGGCACACCUCUGGAUGCUGUGUGUGAUGUGCACCUGGGUUGGCUCAGAGCUCCCUUGGUGUUAGGAAACUGUGCUGCCAACUCCCU